AUGAGGUCAGCUACGAAGGGCUCUCGUCCGUUGCGGGUCGUGAUUAAGCUCGGAACAAGCUCGAUUGUGGAUGAGAAGAGCCACGAGCCUCUUCUUUCUAUUCUCUCUCUGAUUGUCGAGACAGCCGUCAAGCUCAGGAAAGACGGCCACAAGGUCAUCAUUGUCUCCUCUGGUGCUAUCGGCGUCGGCCUUAGAAGGAUGGACGUCGAGAAACGGCCAAAGCAUCUCUCCAAACUGCAGGCACUCGCAGCCAUUGGCCAAUGCCGCCUGCUGAGCCUGUGGGACAGCCUGUUCAGCCAUUUACGGCAACCAGUUGCACAGAUCCUGAUCACUCGGAGUGACAUUGCCGACCGAUCCAGGUACCUCAAUGCUCGCAACACCAUCAACGAGCUGCUUGACAUGGGCGUCAUACCCAUUGUCAACGAGAACGACACGCUGGCCGUGGCUGAGAUCAAGUUCGGAGACAAUGACACACUGUCGGCCAUCACGGCCGCUAUGGUGCACGCCGACCUGCUCUUCCUUAUGACCGACGUCGACUGCCUGUACGACAAGAACCCAAGAACACACCCCGAUGCCCAGCCCAUCGAGGUAGUCGAGGACAUUGGGUCGCUUGUCGCCGACGUAUCGACCGCCGGCUCGUCCCUAGGAACGGGCGGCAUGUCUACCAAGAUUGUCGCCGCCCGCCUAGCCACGUCGGCCGGGGUGACUACCGUCAUAACCCGCUCCUCAACCCCCGGAAACAUCAUCAACAUUGUCAAGUACAUCCAAGGCAGCCGGUCGUCCUCUUCCCUGGCGACACCUACCGCCGGAACCCCCUCCACCAUAUCAGACGAAAGCCACCCCCACCACACCGAAAAUCUGUUGAGCAUGUCGACCCUCUCGCUCAGCGAUCUCGACAGGAGCAAGAUCCCGCUGCACACGCGGUUCCUCCCGUCGCCAAACCCCGUGCGGGACCGCUAUUUCUGGAUCCUGCACGGGCUACGGCCGCACGGUACGCUCUUCAUCGACACGGGCGCACACAAGGCGCUGGUCGGGCGCGCCGGGCUGCUGCCUGUCGGAGUGGUGGACGUGGAGGGCGUGUUCGCGCAGCACGAGGCGGUGCGCAUCUGCGUGGUGAAGAAGCGCGCGGCGGCCGCCGGGGAGGACGGCAAGCUCUGGGACGGCCCCGCCGUCGAGGUCGGCCGCGCCCUGACAAACUACUCGUCGGUCGAGAUUGCGCGCAUCAAGGGUCACCAGAGCGCAGAGGUCGAGAGCCUGCUCGGCUACGCCGAUAGCGAGUACGUCGCGCAGCGCGAGUCCAUUAGCCUCCUUAGGAAGGAGGCCCCUGGCUCUGGCUCUGGCACUCCCGUGACGGCGCCGCUGCCGCCGCUCGCUCGAGAAGUUCUUGCUCCGUCUACUGCCGCUGCUGCCGAGGCGGCAGAUGCCCAGGGCAGCGGAGGGGACGAGCGCGAAGGCGACGGCGGGGCGGCGAUAUAG